AUGCUAUACUUCGAUGGAACUCGUUUAGCCGAUCUACGAUGGGCACAUAAUGAACACAGUCCCAGCGAAUCAUCCAACAAAGCAGCAACAGCAAUACCAUCAAAGCAGACUGACGUCGCAGCAGGGAGCUCACAAGGAUCAUCGGGCAUCUUGUCAAGAUUAAGAGAUACUCUCUUGAAAAAAGCAUCUGAAAGCGCAAACAAAGGUUCAAAAGGAGCAGAGACGGUUACGCCUACAUAUCCAGAUGUUAGGAGACUAAUAUCAAUGGCAUCCUCACAGCGAAAGACAAUCAUUAUUGCUCUUGCCUUGUUGAUCGUUAGUGCUUCAGUCUCUCUCGCCGUUCCGUUUGCGAUCGGAAAGGUGAUUGAUUUCUUUACUGCUGCAUUCGAGAAUGGCACAGGUGACAAACCUACCCUGUUCGGCUUUGGAUUCGGCUCGGUAGCUCUUCUAUUGACUGUGAUUUUUGCCAUUGGAGCAGUAGCUAAAGCUGGAAGCAACAUCCUUUUGGAAUUAGCUGGUGUCCGUCUCAUUCAACGCAUGCGCACUAUGGCAUACGGAAAUGCUUUGAAACAAGAAGUAGAAUGGGCCGAUCGUGGUGCUGGAGAUGUAGUCAGUCGAUUGAGCGUGGAUACAAAUAUCGUCGGAGAAGCAAUCACUUCCGAUAUUGGUGACGGAUUACGUGCCGGUGUGACUGUGCUUUUCGCAGGAUCUGCCAUGUUUUUGAUCUCUACUCAAUUGACUUUACUCAUGAUGGCGGUCGUGCCACCUGCAGCUAUUGGAGCAGUAUUCUACGGUCGUUAUCUACGUGAUUUGACCAACCGAACGCAGGAGGCUGUUGGUGAAAUGACUCGUACAGCAGAAGAACGUUUGAACGGACCAGCAUUCCGCACCAUUACUGCAUUCAAUACACAAGCGGAAGAAUCAAAACGCUUUGAAGGCAAAGUGCAAAGCAUUGUCGAACUACAGACUAAAGAGGCAUAUGCCAGUGGCUUCUUUUAUGCUGGUACAGGUUUCGUUGGAAACUGUGCGAUCUUGACAUUGCUGACGUAUGGAGGAUCAUUGGUUGCCAAAGGUGUUAUCACCGUUGGUGAUUUGACUUCUUUGUUGAUGUACACCGCCUAUUUGGGUGGUGGUUUGGCAAAUCUCACCUCCUUCUUUGCAUCCAUCAUGCGUGGUAUUGGUGCAGGCGCUCGUGUAUUUGGCUUGAUGGAUCGCGAACCUGAAGCGAUCAAAUUGGGUCAAGGUAUCGAUCCUCCUUCGCAACGUGAUGUGAUCAAAUUUGAAAAUGUCAAAUUUGCCUAUCCAUCCCGACCUCAACAAAAGAUCUUGAAUGGCGUCGACCUCAGUCUCCGACCUGGGGAGAGUGUCGCUUUGGUUGGUGGAAGUGGUGUGGGGAAGAGUAGUGUACAUGCGCUCAUGUUACGCUUUUAUGAUGCUGACAAGGGUACAGUCUCGUUUGGAGAUGUGGACAUCAAAUCUCUCAAACCAGAAAAGCUUCGUGAGAUGAUUGGUGUGGUGACGCAAGAUCCUACUCUAUUUGAUGGAACAUUGGCAGAAAACAUUGCUUAUGGCUACAAGGGAGCCACAAGAGAAGAGAUUAUCCAAGCAGCAAAGCAAGCAAACUGCUGGGAAUUCAUUUCUGAAAUGAAGAAUGGCUUGGACACCCGUAUUGGUGCAAGACAAUUGAGUGGUGGUCAACGUCAAAGAGUUGCCAUCGCACGAGCACUCGUUCGCAAGCCUAGUAUUUUGUUGCUGGAUGAGGCUACGAGUGCACUUGAUUCUGCUUCAGAAUUCCUUGUCAAUCAAGCUAUCGAAUCGAUCAUCCGCCAAGGAAAGAUUACGGUUUGGAUCGUUGCACAUCGUUUGAGCACGAUCAAAUCAGCAGGAAAGAUUCUUGUACUUGACAAAGGAAAGAUUGUCGAAUCUGGACCGUUUGAGGAGCUCGAUCAACCCGGUAGUCGCUUCAGAUCUUUGAUGGCAGCUCAAUUGGAAGCCAGUGCUCCGGGUGCGGUAGAAGAAGAUGAACCAUCAGAAUCUGAUGAGCCAGUGAUCGAUUCAGAACCACAAUUGGAAGAAGGCUCUCACGAACAAGCAAAUUCCAAUGCUCGUCCUAAUUCUGUACGUUCUUGA